UCCAUACUCCAACGAACCCGCAAUCUAACACGAUCUAAUCCAAUCAACGAUAUUACGUCCGGUUCUAUCACGAUAACACACCUUCAUAUUAUAGCCGCUUCGGACUACCACAGACGUUAUGGCUGAUGUCGACAUGACCGACGCACCCAGCACCUCGGCUGUCGUCAAGAAGGACCGCAAGGGCGGUGACGCUGACGGGAAGAAUGACGGGAAGAAGCGCUUUGAGGUCAAGAAGUGGAAUGCCGUGGCUCUCUGGGCCUGGGAUAUCGUCGUCGACAACUGCGCUAUCUGCCGAAAUCACAUCAUGGAUUUGUGUAUCGAAUGUCAAGCAAACCAAGCAUCCGCCGCCAGUGAGGAGUGCACUGUAGCUUGGGGCAUCUGUAACCAUGCUUUCCACUUCCACUGCAUCUCAAGAUGGCUCAAGGCACGACAAGUCUGUCCACUGGACAACCGAGACUGGGAAUUCCAAAAGUACGGCCGUUAAGUGGAAGAGGAUAUUUUAUCGAGGUCGAUAUCGCACGAGCAACACUGACCAUCACAUCCACCUAACGUUGUAAUAUCACCGCCUAGAAAUCACAAUCACAAGACGACACCCAUAUCACACGUGAAAGAUUUGAAAUGGUAC